AUGCAGCAGAACUUCAUUUCCGUUGUCAGUGCCUUACCGGCAGGACGUUUGUCUGGGCUAAUUCGUGCCCAAAAGGCAGCCAAACCCUUCUCUUGGGUCGAGGAGUCAAAUAUGUACUGGGCUCUGUGGCAUUUGAGACACUACUCCGACCUGCAUAACUACGCAUCUCGUCAGAAUUGGCCCGAAGAGUCCAUGAAAAAAGUCAAAGAACACCUCACAUGGAACGAGAUCGAAGACCUGACUGCCGAAGUCAUUUCCACCGUCGCUGCAGUACUAUCCGACUUGGGCUUAAGUCCAAUCUACUCCUACCCAUAUCUCAGUGAACACGAGGAGUCUAUACAAGGAGUCUGGUGGUAUCCAUCGGAGACACCACCGCCACUUUUCCACUCCUUUGAUCUCGAAGGGAGCAUGGAUAUCGCAGUUUGGCCUUUGCCGCCGAUACCUUCAGAUGGUAUAGUGACAGACAUGUGGAUUCUUGAUGUGAGAGGCUGUGGCCGGACAGUCCCUCAUCUGGGGUGGUACAAGGAUCGGUCUCGGAUGCUAGCGUAUAAUGGGCCAAAUCCUAAUUUCACCAUGCUAAGAAUUCAACCAUAUCGGAGACUAGGUGUUUUUAUUUGGGAUGUAUGGCGCAUGUAUUCCACUGGGUUGAUACACUGGAAUGGUCCAAGUUACAGUGCGCUAAUCCCAGGACCAGAUGGUGAUGCGGAAGUGCUGGAGUUGGUGGGCGUUCAGUUUGUGCCUAUGGGGGAGUGGCAUUCGAGAUGGAUCACACCAGCUUGCUGGGGUUACGUGUUGAAACAUUCUGAACAUAGCAAAAAGAGAAAAGAAAACUUGAAAGAAUAUGUCAUUUAG